AAGCCUCACUCGGAAUUGCAGCAAAUAUUUGCCGAUUUGAGUUCACCCUCACAGCAGUCGAGUCUUUCAACCAGUGGUACACCGAUUGGGAGUCCAUUGAAGGCCGACGAGACACAUAAAUGCAAUGUUAAUCCUUUGAAAGGGUUGUCCGCUAUUAAUGAGUGCACCGAUUGCUACGACUCUGCGCCCAAACCGCGAAACUUUCCCAUCGAUGCCAUCAAUAACAGCAACGAUACUAAUCACUCGUUGUCCGACAUUAUAUACCCCAACCAGUGCUCUGUUAUCACCGACACCUCCAUCGAGACUAUCAAAAACAGUUGCAUUGAGAGCUUCGGCUGUUUUUCGACCAAAACUACAAACAAUAAUAGCGUUCAUAAUAAUCAUAAUGAAGAGAGUGAUCACAAAGAGAUCGUAAAACUUCAGAAGAUAUCAAACACUGUGUAUCAAAAGGUGAUUGAACUGGAGUUCGCGGCCAUACCUUUCAAGGAGAUGGCGGCUGAGGACAUGAACCGCUUCGAGAGCUUAAGGAUCGCCGAGUUGGCCGCCGCUGUGGCCGACCUGAACCGGCGCUCGUACGGCAUGUCCAACGAGGGUCUGAAGAUCACCCGCGAGCUGUCCAACUUCAUUGACAUGACCAAAGUGUUGGCCGUCAAGUGCGACGACGCCAUCCGGCGACUCGUCGUGAUGUCCAAAAAGAUCGCCUCAUUCAAGGAGUUGUGUCAACCCGACCAGAUCGGCCUCAUGAAGGCCGGCUGCUUCGAGAUACUGAUCAUGCGAUCCAUUAACACCUAUAACCAGGAGCACGACUACUGGUCGGUCGCCAUGGACCAGAAUAACGCGACGAUGGUUAAAGUGGAGCUGUUUAAGCAAACCAAAGGCAAUCUAUACGAAGCCCACAAGAAUUGGAUGCACGCCUUCGCCGAGGAGUGGGAUUCCGACCAAACGAUCCUUAAUUUGACAACAAAGUUAUACAUCGGAAAUCUGCCCGUGGAUUGCAAAGCCGAUCAGUUAUGCCAACUGUUCACCAAAUACGGACGGGUAGUCGAGUGCGAUAUUGUCAAGAAUUAUGGUUUCGUCCACAUGUCGUCGGAGGACGAGACAAAGAAUGUCGUACAGGAGCUCAAUGGCACCCAAUUCAUGGGCAAUAAACUGUCCGUUGAAGUCAGUCGUAGCAAAGUCAGACCUAAGCCAGGAAUGGGAGGCAAAAGUCAGUGCUACCGGUGCGGCAAAAGUGGGCACUGGUCUAAAGAAUGCCCGCGAAGUAUGGGUGAACGCGCGCGCACCCCAUACACCCCAUACCGGCACCAGAAUCGCCACUUCCCUUAUGGCUAUAGUCGCGGUCCGCCGUUUCACGAGUCGUGUUCGCGUCCGCCUCCCGACCCUCGCGACCGAUACGACGGGUUAGACUAUUUUAGGGACUAUUAUGACGCGUACGAGCGCCGACCGCCGCCGCCUCCUCCGCCUCCCUUUCCCGGCGACCCCUUUGACGACAGAGCGCCGCCUGAGUAUUGUCGACGAGUACUACCGGAGCCUUAUUAUGACGAUUAUUAUGACUGUAGGAUUCGGGACAGGUAUUCAAAUAUAUCGCACGGAUUUCAUUAG